CCGGCGCGGAGGGGGGUAGGGGGGAGUACGGGGAGAGGCUUCCGCUAUGGCGUCUGCAGCGCGACUUUUGAGCCGAGGAGGCUGCGCGGUGAGGACGCGGCUCCUCUGGGCGGCUCCGAAGGCGAGACUCGGCUGGCGGCGCCAAGUCGCUUCGGGGCGAAGCGAGGUGCGGUUGCGCUCCGACGUGCGCUCAUCCUUAGCUUUCUCCCCCUGCUCCCCUCCCCCCAAUGUCUCCUUUAAAGUGCUGGAACAGUCCACAUUUUUCAGAAGAGGAGUUGCAUUCUCAGCACUGUCCUACUUGGGUUACGAAGCGUACAUACUAAUCUCUCACUCUAGUGUGGUUCAUGCUGAUGUCAAAGUUAAUGAAGUCCUAGAUCAAGCAGACUACCUAUAUGGGAGUGGGGAAACCGAAAAGCUAUAUCAGUUGCUGGAACAAUACAAAAACAGUGAGAAUGCACAACUGUUGUGGCGCCUGGCACGAGCAUCACGGGACGUGGCUCAGCUUAGUCAAACUUCGGCAGAGAAAAAGAAACAGCUGAUCUAUGAGGCCCUUGAUUACGCCACAAAAGCACUCGAGAAAGAGAAAUCGUGUUUCAGUGUGCACAAGUGGUAUGCAAUCUGCCUCAGUGAUGUGGGAGAUUAUGAAGGAAUAAAGAAAAAAAUUACCAAUGCUUUUGUUAUCAAAGAACACUUCCAGAAAGCGAUAGAACUGAAUCCAAAGGAUGCUACAUCACUUCAUCUUAUGGGCAUUUGGUGUUAUACGUUUGCUGACAUGCCAUGGUAUCAGAGCAAAAUAGCUGCAGCUUUAUUCUCAACGCCACCCAGCUCCACCUAUGAAGAGGCUUUACGUUACUUCCAGAAGGCUGAAGAUGUUGAGCCAAAUUUCUAUAGUAAGAACUUACUCUUCUUGGGAAAGACAUACAUGAAGUUGAACAACAGAAAAAUGGCCCUUUUGUGGUUAUCAAAGGCAAAAGAACGGCUGUCACACACAGAGGAGGAUAAGCAGGUACAUAAAGAAGCUGUGGAAUUGCUAAAUUCUCUGUGACAAGAUAGUUGAAAUUUUGUGUGUUGCUAUUAUCUACUUACUGGGCUGGGGCAACCCUGUCAGAUGGGUGGGGUACAAAUUAUUAUUAUUAAUCUUUACUAAUCAAAGAAAUAAAACAGACCUGGUGCUAUGGAAAUUGCCCCAUCUUUAACUGGAGGAACUUCUAUAAUGUCUGGACUAUUGUGUGAAAUAUAUAUUGCGAGAGAUGGAGGGGAUAUGUAUAAAAUAUGCUGUUCCAAUCCAAAGCAGUUAUACAAUUUUCUUACAGG